AUGAAUAAAUCACGAUAUUAUCCUCUUCAUUACGCUGCUAUGAAUAAUCAAUUAGUAAAAUGUGUUAAAAUACUUGUUGAAUUUGGUGCACAUAUUAAUGGAUUUAUGACUAAAAUUGAAGCACAUGUUCGUUUUAAACGUACACCAUUAAUUCAUGCUUGUAUGUAUGAAAAUGCUCAUAUUGUUUCACAUUUACUUCGUAUGGGAACAAAUGCAAAUGUUUUUGAUUCAUCAAUGAAUACAGCUUUACAUUAUGCUAUUGCAUAUGGAUGGUAUUUUUGUGUUCGAUUAUUGUUUGAAGCUGAUACUAAUUUAAAUUGUGCUAAUUGUUGGCAAACAAUAUGUCUUAGAGUUGAUUUUUCUAAAGGACAUCAUGGAAUUUGUGAUUAUCUUUUAACAGAAUAUCAAGCUGAUAUUAAUUUAAAAACUGAUGAUGGUUUAACAUUAGUUAUAAUAACAGUUGAUGUAGAAAUUUCAGCAUCAUCUCUACAACAGCUAGAAUAUGUUGUUGUAAAACAUAAAGCUGAUUCUAAACUUGAAUUAAAUUUAGACACUAGUCAUGAUGGUAAAACAUUAUUACAUGAUUUUGCUAUGAAUUUUGAUAAUAAUAAUCUGAUUCAAACAUUAAUUAGUUUGUUUGAUACAAAUGAAUUGAAAACAAUGGAUCAAAUGAUUGAUAAUCAAGGUCGAAAUUCAUUUCAUUAUUGUGCUUCACGUUUUUGA